UCAAACAUUUACAUCGGUAAGGUCUUUGAUGCAGGUCUGUUCCAAAAUGUCACCCAUUGACUCAGGUAUGUUUCAACACGUCACUCAUUGAUAAAGGUCUGUUCAAACAUGUCCCGCACUAAUACAGUUCUUUUCUAUAAUCUUAGGUCUGUAUUGCCGACUUCAACGCAGAGACGGGUGUGGCCACGGAGUUGGAUCUCAGACAACAGUACGGACACGACAACGUCAUGUUCUCUAAGUGUAACAUCACGUCUGCGACGGAGUUUGAGGCUGUGUUCAAACAGACAAAAGAGGCGUUCGGUGGGAUCGAUAUAGUCGUCAAUAACGCUGGAAUAGGAGGGGAAACGGACGAGAAGUGGGAACAAACUGUGAAUGUUAACAUGAAAGGGACCCUACGUGGACUGCGACUCGCAUGUACUAUCUCAGUGUAGAGCAUGGAGGCCGCGGGGGCUGCAUUGUCAACGUGGCCAGCAUGGCAGGUUUGAAUCCGAACCCAUUCUCGCCUGUGUAUGGCUGCACUAAGGCAGGAAUCAUUCACGCUACACGAUGUUAUGCAGUAUCCGAGGCGGCCAAAAAGUCAAACAUCCGACUCAACGUGAUGUGUCCGGCGUUCGUAGACACGCCCAUGUUUAGACAGAUGGCGGCGGGGGACGCUUCCCAGACUAUCGGCGGGGACCAGACAGCCGUGAACGCGUUCAUUGAGCGCAUUGGAGUACUCAGCACAGAAGAUGUGUCGGCGGCAUUAAUUGACAUUCUCACGGAUGAAACGAGAAACGGGUUGAUUUUGCGUUGCGCGAAGAAGACUGGGAACGUUUACAGCACGCUUACUGUACAAGACGUGUAACAUAAUUUCAUGCAUCGUGUAACGGAACAAAUCGUUUACUUAACAGCGGCAGUGCAAUGGAGCAGCGGAUUUGCGUAUCGUUUAUGGGACAGAACCUAUUGUUGUGUACAACCGAAAAAUGGACGUGUAACCGAACAAUGAGAUAAGAAGGCAAUCGAAAAACGGACGUAUACAAAACAUCGGUUGUUGGGGAAUAUAAGUACAUUCUGGGUGCUGUUAAUUUGUUCAUGUGUAUAACAUUCGUGUACAGGUUGAAGUCAUUCAACUAAAGCGAAUCAUGACAGCUCGCAUAUGAUGACCGUUAUGACCACGAAAACCAAGCUGGCGUCCAUAAGUACCAGGUCACAACAUGCGCUCAAAUCCUUGCAGAAACUUAAUAAAUAAGCGAGAAGGGUGAGAAGGAUCCACAUUUCAAUAGUAUUGCCAUCAAUAUCUCGUUAAUUGAACGGAAAAGCAUACACUAUGUGCCAACUGGCAGGGCUGGAAAAAAAAAAGAUAUAUUGUAUGUAGUCUUUGACCAUUAUUUGUGUGUUUACAGAGUUCAUGAAUUCAUAUUGUACAGAGAGAACAUAUCGUUUUAGGAAAAUCUAACGGUAGGUGCAUGUAAAAUGUAUUGAACAAAAAUAACAAGUUGCGAGUCUUGCUUUUAUAUUUUAAUUUGUUCAAUGCAUAUGUCAACAGUAAGAAAUACUUUAUAUACCCAUUUGAUUUGUACAUUAAUGUAUAAGUUCUAUCGUAUUUAAACUGUUCAUUGAAUUGCCAUUAGUAGUAAGUAAUUGUUUUGGAAUUGAUUAAUCAUUGUAUGUGAAUAGUGUACUCUUACACAUUUGUUAACAGAAAUAACUUCAAUAGUACACACUCCUAUAUAAAUGACUGUUUUAAAGAAAGAAAUAGGUGCAUUAACGAUUUCUUAAUUCGGAAAAGCUUAACUUAUGUUCAUACAAAAAUGUAUUUUACUAGCGCGCUAGUGCUCCAAUUUACAGCAAUCAUUGUCUUAACUUUGAUUAUUUUAUUUUUAAAGAAAGAGUAGCACUUACUUUCUACCUGUUAGUAUUGUGAAUAGUGAUAAUAGAAUUAUAUUUUAUAUAAUGAUAUGCAAACAUUUGCAAUAUCUCUUAUAGCUCAACAUCAUGAGCGGUUAUAUACAUAAUGUUUUAGUGUGAAUAUGUGUCUCUGUUAUAAAUAUGUAAUGUAUGUAUAUAAAUGAGAAUAAAGAAUGAAACUACAAUUGUAACACACCAACAAAAUAAAUACAGGUAAUGAACAAAAGCGAUUUUAGAUAGUAUGUCUUCUUCACGCAGCCGAGGCGAACUUCGUUAAGUCUUAACUUUUAAAGGGAUUUGUUAAAAUAUUUUGGCAUUUGUUGUGUAGAUUAUCAUUAACUUUUUUAAGUUGAUA